AUGCGCACCGUCAACAUUUCCGACUACACCCAGAUCCACCCUCAGGGGGCGUCGGUGGGCGAGCGCACGCCGUCCCUCACGCUCGGCGACUGCCAGCGCGCGCGCGCCUCCGAGUGCAGCCGGCAGCACUCGCUGGCCGCCCGCUGCCUCGCCGCGUGCGCGCCGUUCCGCUGCUGCCCGGUUGCGAGCUUCCAGAACCGCGAGGUGUCGCACGCGAUCGUCAACAACGACCUCGCCGCGCUGCGCCGCGCCCUCGCCCUCCGCACCGCCAACAACUCCAAGUGCAUGUCGAGCUGCCACCCUGGCGUCAACGGAGGCAUCGACGGCACGUCGGGCAACGCGCUACACCUGGCGAUCGCGGGCGGCGGGUCGGCCGAGGUGGUGCACGAGCUCGUGCAGAGCGGCGCAAACAUCAACCAGUCCGACCGCUCCGGCGCCCUCCCGCUGCACCUCGCCGCGGCUCGCGGCGACGCCUCCGUGCUCGAGGUGCUGCUCCAGUCGGGGCAGGUAGUCUCGCUCGAGGACGUUGAUGUGGGAGACCGCUCGGCGCUGCAGCACGCCGCCGAGGGGGCGCACUGGGAUUGCGUCCGGCUGCUGCUGCAGCACGGCGCCUCGGCGCACGCGCUCGCGUCUCGCCGCGUCGACGACGGCGUCAAGCGGUCGGCCGAGGCGGCGGCGGUGUGCGAGGGUCUCUGGCGGCCUGCGGUGCGCUUCUGCGCCGUGGUUGCGCUCGGCGGGGAGGGCCGGCGCGCGUCGUGCACCCACCCCGCCCUCGCGACGUCUUGCGACGACAGCGAGUUCCACCGGCUGCUCGACAAGCUCGUGCGGUCGGCGCAGCUGCAACGGCACAGCGACCUGACCGUGCUCACCGAGCUCGGCAUGAUGCACUACAACCUGCUCCCGACGCAGGGCUUGCUCUUCAUGGCAGUCACCAUCAAGGAGAUGGCCCAGCCCGACGCCUUCACCUUCCUCCGCAACUUGCGCGACCGCGUCUUCCGCGAGUUCCCGCAGGCGGCGGCGCCCGCCGGCUCGCCGUCGCAGUUCGAGGAGCCGCAGGCAGAGGCGCUGCUGCGCGCGGCCUGCACCGACACCGACCGCAGGUACGUCCCUCGCGUCGAGCCGAGGCUGCCCGCUCCCUACGGCGGGCCGGAGCUGCCGUCGCGCGCGCUCGUGUGGGUGGAGACCGCGCGCAACCUUGGGCUCGAGCGCGCCGCCAUCGCCCCCGUCUCGGAGACCGAGCGGGCGGGGUGGCAGGGCGCGAUCCGCGGGCUGCGGCGCUCCUCGUCCGGGUCGACCCUCGGCGUGCCGGAGGUUGCGCAGGCGUACAGCCACAACAUGGUCGAGGGGCACCUCACUGACCAGCUGGCCGGCGUGCGCGCGCGUGUCGAGGGCCUUGACCGGCCGCACGCCACCGCGCUGCUGCCGUGA